AUGGUACUAUUUUCGUGCAUCUUCUUCCUGGAAUUUUCUGACGUUCACCUAGAUGUCGGGCGACUGAACAUUAACUUCAAAGCCAAAUCUGGAUUUCAAAACGUCAUUCCCCCGUUACCUCAGGAGUUGCUCACUCCCAUAAAAGACUACGAAGGGAUAAUACCUAAAUUGAACGUUGUGGUUCAUAUUGUUGGCAGCAGAGGAGAUGUUCAACCUUUCCUGGCUCUUGGUAAGGAAUUAACUAAAGCCGGCCAUCGAGUGCGCAUCGCUACACAUGGUGUCUUCAAAGACUUUGUUCGAUCAGCUAGUCUGGAAUUUUACCCCAUCGGAGGAGAUCCUUCCGAGUUGAUGGCUUACAUGGUCAAGAAUCCCGGUAUCAUGCCAAAAUUUUCCACUGUUCUCGCAGGAGAUAUCGGGCGUAAGAGAAAAAUGGUCUUUGAGAUUCUCGAUGGCUGCUGGAAGUCUUGCAUUGAGCCUGACCCGGACACACAAGAGCCUUUCGUGGCAGAUGCUAUUAUCGCAAAUCCGCCCAGCUUUGCCCACAUGCAUUGUGCCCAAGCCUUGGGUGUCCCAUUACACAUGAUGUUUACCAUGCCAUGGAGUCCAACAACUUCAUUCCCCCACCCGUUAGCAAACAUUCAAACGACAAAUCUCGAGCCGAGAACCACCAACUAUCUUUCAUAUCAUUUAGUAGAAUUGAUGACCUGGCAAGGAUUGGGGGAUGUUAUUAACCUUUGGAGGAGAAAGUCGCUUUGUCUACCCCCAAUUCCUUUCGCAAUUGGACCCGGUCUUUGUGAUCUUUUAAAGAUCCCGUAUACUUAUUGCUGGUCUCCAGCCCUUGUCCCAAAGCCGACAGAUUGGCCGUCCUAUCUAGAGGUGGUUGGGUUUUUCUUUCGUGAAGAACCAGACCAUACGCCCGAACCUGCCUUGGCUUCUUUCCUACAGGCUGACUCAACUCCGAUCUACAUCGGGUUUGGUAGCAUUGUCAUGGAAGACCCUGACAGGGUGACUAAUUAUAUUAUAGAAGCAGUUCGCCUAUGCGGCGUUAGAGCAAUUGUUUCUCGUGGCUGGAGUAAGCUUGGGGAGGGUAGGAGUGACCCAAACGUGCUAUUCCUGGGCGAAUGUCCUCACGAAUGGCUUUUCAAACGAGUAGCAGCAGUGAUUCACCACGGUGGGGCCGGCACAACAGCUUGUGGCCUGUUGAAUGGUCGCCCUACGGGAAUCGUUCCUUUCUUCGGCGAUCAACCAUUUUGGGGUAACAUGGUUCAUUCAGCGGGGGCCGGGCCCCGUCCAAUCUCUUACAAAGACCUGAACGUCAAAACUCUAGUUGAAAUGAUUAAAGUAUGCAUAUCUUCACAGGCUCUUGUUUCGGCUGGUGAAAUUUCUAGGAGAAUGAGGUUUGAGAACGGUGUCAGCGAAGCCGUCGCAUCUUUCCAUCGCAACCUCCCCAUUCCGGCUAUGACUUGUGAUUUCCUUCCUCAUGAGGCUGCAUGCUGGGUUUGCAAGAUAGGCGGGAAGAAGGUCAAGCUAUCUGAUAAAGCUGCGCAGAUUCUCAUUGAUCGAGAGAAAAUAAAUGCCAAGGACCUGAAGCUCUACCACUCGAAGACAAUCCAGCUCGAAAACCGUCGUUGGGACCCUUUGACCGCAGUCUCCUCUGCGCUGUUGGAAAUGGUCGUUGAUUUUGGCACCAACACGAGUGGCCUUAUUCAAUCAUCUGCUAGGGUAAUAGGCGCAGAUCAGUCUCUAGAUGAGAAUGGUGAGAGCCGGACGUCGGCUGCAGUUGUAAUGGCUGCCAAAGAUGUUGGCAGAAUGACUGGUUCCAUCGCCAAGGGCGCUCUGGUUGACAUUCCACUCGCUCUAACCGAGGGUCUACAUAAUAUUCCCGCUCUGUAUAAUGAUAAACCUCGGGAUUAUGGCCCUGUGGACAGCGCUAAAGCAGGUGGGAUCGUGGCGGUCAAGAGCUUGGCUUUUGGCUUCUACGAUGGUGUUGCUGACCUUUUUGUGCUACCGUUCAAAGAUGCAAGGAAGGGCGGCAUAUGGGGCUUUACAAAAGGUAUUGCUAAGAGUUAUAUGGGAAUUGUGACGAAACCGUCAGCUGGUAUGUGGGACUGCAUUCUCAAUUGCACUUUUAUUUACUUUUUUCACGCAAUAUGUGAAACUCGAUUCCCAUCGAAUGCCUGUUAUUUCUCAUCUGAUAUCAGUCUACUCGAGGGUCCUUCCAGCUGA